GGGGGCGGGCCCUCCAUCCGCGGUGAUGUGGGGGCGGGCGGCAGGGAACCAGACACCGACGAUGAAUAAAUGAUGCCCACUCGCGGCCUGCGACCAGAUCGUCACCGCCAGCGCCGGCUGCCUGGCGGGGCAGUCACCGGGCCAACCGCGCCCAGCCCCCCGCGUCGCUGGCUCCCCCCACCUGAGGCCUCGCCCGGCCCGGAGCCGCGGGGCGUGAAGAUGGCCGGGCAGCGGCGAGGUGCGGGGCCCCUGUGGGCGCUGGGCGGCGUCGCGCUGGGGCUCUGCCUCGCGGGGGUCGCCGCCGGGCAGCUGGUGGAGCCCAGCACAGCCCCGCCCAAGCCCAAGCCGCCCCCAUUGACCAAGGAGACCGUGGUGUUCUGGGACAUGCGCCUCUGGCACGUGGUGGGCAUCUUCUCGCUCUUCGUGUUGUCCAUCAUUAUCACUCUGUGCUGUGUCUUCAACUGCCGCGUGCCACGGACCCGGAAGGAGAUCGAAGCCCGGUACCUGCAGCGAAAGGCAGCCAAGAUGUACACGGACAAACUGGAGACUGUGCCGCCCCUCAACGAGCUCACAGAAAUCCCCGGAGAGGAUAAGAAGAAGAAGAAGAAGAAGGAUAGCGUGGACACAGUGGCCAUCAAGGUAGAGGAGAAUGAAAAGAAUGAGGCCAAGAAGAAGAAAGGAGAAAAAUGAGAAGGGCUUCCUGGAGGUGGCAGCUGGGGCUGGAUAGCCCUGGGGCUCAAGUCCAGGCCAGGCUCCAGGCAUCUCGGACUCCAAGCUCACACAUGGACCACAGAGGUUGCAGAACACCCUCUUCUCAGCUCCGACGGGGUGGCUGAGGCCCCAUCGUUACGGCCUGUCAGGGGCAGAGACAGGACUGCCUCAGGUGUCCUGCCUCCCAGCAUGGACUCAGCUCCUGUCGCCUCACCCAUGUGGCUGUUCAGCCAACGUGGUCUCUGGCCACUGUUGCCCUGCAGAUCCAGAUCACACCCACUCGGAUGUGCCUCUGUCUCUUCCGUCAGGAACAGCAGUGGCUCUACAGGGUUGACGGGAAGCAGUUUCCUCUCUCCGAAGGGGAUGGCCAAACUGGAUGGGCUGCAGUGUGAGGCCAUGCCCAGAACAGCCACAAGGAGGCAGAGGGUGUCUGGGGGAAGCUUCAGCUCUCAGACCUGGCUAGACAGCAGCCCUGGUGGCCACAAAACUGUUCUAGGCCCCGUGGGGGUGCUGGCCGGGAUGGUGAACAGAGAGACCCAGAAACAGGGGCUCCAGCCCAGCAGAUACCCUGUGCCAAGCAACUGCAAUGGAGUGGAGGCUGCUGGGGGCCUGAGCGGAAGGCCUGGGGGCUCAGGGCUGGGAGCUGCAGGGCUGGGUCAGGGGUGCAGAAGGCUGAGACCAGUAGGCCAAAGGGAGAGGGGAAGAAAGCUGGUACUUGGGCCCCAUCUUGGGGAUCCAGGGAGUCAAGAUGUCAAGUCACCUAGAGACUGAAUCUUUGGGGACAGGACACUCAGAGGGGUUUCCAGAUGGCAGCGAACCUCCGCUGAGGCGCUCAGGUCUGAGCCUGGAAACCAGAGGCUCUUGAGCUGGGGAAGCUGCUGGAAAAUCUCUCGCUGCCUCGGCAGCCUGCAGACACUUGUAAAUAAAGCUGAGUGCCUUCUCGUACCCGAGUGACCUGAGAUGACCCCUCAGGACGCCCUAUCCCUGAAGCAUUUAUGUGGAGGGUGACGUGGCAGU